CACCUCCAAGACCUCUGUCUCCACAGAGACCAGCCCACCAAGCAGCACAGAACUCCCUGUGACAACAACAUCUCCAAAUCCCAGCUCUCCACCUGCCCCCAGCAGCCCACUCAGCACCCGGCUGCCAUCUGCUCCCACUUCCACAGUCUAUUCCACAGCAGCUCCAAGCACCAGCCCCAGGCCCACACCUACAACGCUGAGGCCCAAGCCCUCAUCUCCAAGGGCAAGUGCUCCACAAGAGUCCCCUACAGCAGAGUCCUCUGCACCCACCACAGUCAAAACCAGCACAGUGCCAUCGCCUGCUCCUUCUCCUUCCUCAACUGUGUCCUCAACAUUGCUGAGCUCCUCACAGCCCGCCUUCACCCAUAAAAAGUCAACUGAGCCACCUCUGACCACACAGAAGACCACAGCUGCCACCUCCAUCAGCAGCACCUCCAAGACCUCUGUCUCCACAGAGACCAGCCCACCAAGCAGCACAGAACUCCCUCUGACAACAUCAUCUCCAAAUCCCAGCUCUCCACCUGCCCCCAGCAGCCCACUCAGCACCCGGCUGCCAUCUGCUCCCACUUCCACAGUUUCCUCCACAGCAGCUCCAAGCACCAGCCCCAGGCCCACACCUACAACCCUGAGGCCCAAGCCCUCAUCCCCAGUGACGAGUGCUCCACAAGAGUCUCCUACAACAGAGUCCUCU